UUUAGCGUUACCCACCAAAAAAAAACAAAAGAAAAAAACGAAGCCCCAAAAAAACCAAACCAAACCAAACCAAAAGAGACCUCCUCCACCUUGGUCUAGGAGACGCCGAAGCGAAAUCUCGAACUCUCUGCAACCUAAACGACCCCGUUUUAUCUCUGCUUGUACUAUAGAGAUAUAAGUUCUUUGAUUGAGUAUGGGAGACAGUGAGAUGGUCGUUACUGAAACAUCUACAGUCACUGAUUAUGCAUCAGCUGGAUAUGUUUCUACUGGUUAUGGUGAUACAGGUUCAAACCUUGUUCCUGAUUCUGCUGUUUAUACCGCUGAGGGCACAGGAGCUUUUGCUGCUUCUGCUGAUGCAGCUUAUAGUGCGGCAGCUGCUGCUAAUUUUGCCGAUGCAAAUGCAUAUGGUGCAGAAUCUAAUUCUACUGUACAAGGGGCCCAUGUUGAUGCAACGUAUGAGGCCAAGACAGAUGAUGGAAUGGGUGUUGCCAGUGAUAAUGUUGGUGCAACGGAGAAUACAUCUGUGAUGCCAUCCCAAGCUGCUGCUUAUGAUUCUUCUAUAAAUGGCAAUAUUGGUGGUGAAGCAGGAAGUGUAACAUUGGCUGAGAAUGGUACUGCUGUAGAUGUUGCAGGGGAAGCUGAUUCUUCCGUGGAUGGUUCUGUGACACCAAUGUCCAGUGAAGAGGAGCGAUUGUGGAGCAUUGUGAGGGCUAAUUCCUUGGAUUUUGAUGCAUGGACUGCCUUGAUUGAUGAGACAGAGAAGGUGGCAGGGGAUAAGAUAUCGAAAAUUCGAAAAGUAUAUGAUGCAUUCAUGGCUGAAUUCCCAUUGUGCUAUGGUUAUUGGAAGAAGUAUGCAGAUCAUGAGGCACGUGUUGGUUCUAUGGACAAAGUUCUGGAGGUAUAUGAGCGAGCUGUCAUGGGGGUGACAUACUCUGUGGACAUUUGGUUGCACUAUUGUGUAUUUGCCAUAAAUACAUAUGAAGAUCCAGAGACCAUUAGAAGGCUAUUCGAGCGUGGCUUAGCUUAUGUUGGAACAGAUUAUCUGUCUUACCCUCUUUGGGAUAAGUACAUUGAAUAUGAAGAAAUGCAUUCACAGUGGAGCCAUGUUGCCAUGAUUUACACAAGGAUAUUAGAGAUUCCAAAUAAACGUUUGGAUGAUUAUUUCAAUAGAUUUAAAGCUUUUUGUUCAAGUCACCCGCUGUCGGAAUUAAGAACUGUUGAGGAAGCUGCUGCUUCUGUUCCUGCUACUUCAGAGGUUGGUGGACAAGCAAAUGGGGGAGAAGUUCUUCCUGAUGCUGCUGAACAAUCUUCUAAACCUGUAAGUGCGGGCUUAACAGAAGCUGAGGAGUUGGAGAAGUAUAUCGCCAUUAGAGAAGAGAUAUAUAAGAAAGCUAAAGAGUUCGAUUCUAAGAUAUGUGAUUUUGAAAAUGCUAUUAGGAGGCCUUACUUUCACGUGCGGCCCCUCAAUGUUGCAGAGCUUGAAAAUUGGCACAACUAUCUGGAUUUUAUAGAAAGAGAAGAUGAUUUGAACAAGGUGGUCAAGUUAUAUGAAAGAUGCCUAAUUGCUUGCGCCAAUUAUCCUGAGUAUUGGGUACGUUAUGUUUUGUGCAUGGAAACAUGUGGAAGUAUGGAUCUUGCUAAUAAUGCACUUGCUCGUGCAACUCAAGUAUUUGUAAAGAGACAACCAGAGAUUCACCUUUUUGCUGCCCGGUUUAGAGAGCAGAGUGGAGAUAUACCUGGUGCCCGGGCUGCAUACCAACUUGUACACUCUGAAAUUGCUCCUGGUCUUCUUGAAGCUGUUGUUAAGCAUGCAAACAUGGAACAUCGGCUGGGGAAUCUCAAAGAUGCCUUCUCUUUGUAUGAACAGGCCAUAGCCAUUGAAAAAGGAAAAGAGCAUUCACAGGUGUUGCCAAUGUUAUAUGCACAAUACUCUCGGUUUGUAUAUUUGGUUUCUGGAAAUGCAGAAAAGGCUAGAGAGAUUCUAGUUGAAGCACUUGAGAAUGCCCCAUUGUCAAAACCACUUCUUGAGGCUUUUAUAUAUCACGAGUCAAUUCAGUCACUGCCAAAGCGAAUUGAUUAUAUAGAUUCAUUAGUUGACAAGUUUAUAGCACCCAACUCAGAUAGCCUCAAUUCUGCAAGUGUUGCUGAUAAAGAAGAGAUAUCUUGCAUUUUCUUGGAGUUUUUGGGUAUGUUUGGAGAUGUUCAAUCUAUUAAGAAGGCUGAUGAUCGACAUGCCAAGCUCUUCUUACCCCACAGGAGCAAGUCUGAAUUAAAAAAGCGUCAUGCAGAGGAUUAUCUAGCUUCAGAUAAAACAAAAUUAGCAAAAUCUUACGCUGAUGCUUCUUCACCCGCACAGUCACUUAUGGGUGCAUAUCCAACUGCACAAAAUCAGUGGACGGCAAGUUAUGGUGUACAACCUCAAGCUUGGCAGAAUGUUACGCAAGCACCGGUACAACAAUUUAACCCUGGCUAUGGCCAACAGGCUGCAUACAAUACAGCUACUUAUGGUUAUGGAAGCAGCUAUACUAGCCCGCAAGUACCUACUUCUGUUGCACAAACAGCUACUUAUGGUGCUUAUCCUCCGACAUAUCCUGUCCAGCAGGCUGCUUUCCCUCAACAGAGUUAUGCACAACCUGCUGCUGCAGCAGCAACAUUGGCCCCAACUCAGCAGCCAACUUCAGUGCCACAGCCAUAUUAUGGGAGCUACUACUGAAUUUUCAAGAUCGAGUACUAGGUGUUUGCUGUGAUCAUGUUUUUGCCUUGCCAAUCAUUUCUAUGCUCAAUCUAUGCCUGUAACUAUGCAACGGGUUUGGAACAUGGGGCAUGGUGUUAGCUUAAAUGCGUGAAAGGGAUUAGGAAGAAGAGAAGUUUCUUUUUUCUGUUAUAGGUUCAGUAGCAAAUUGUAGUUAGUGCAUCAUGUUUCUUUUUGCAAUUUUCUAGGUAUUUUUUCUUGUGAGAAACUACUUUUUUUUGAACAAUUUUAGGUAGGUAGUCCUGGAGUUUUUAUUGAUAAUCUAAAAUGAAAAGGAAAAAACCAAAAAAAAAAAAAAAAAGAAACUACUCUGGAAUGUGGUAAAGCUGGUGUUAAA